UUAAUUAUGUCGCUCAAGCAUCAAGACUGCAAUAAUUCUCAACUUUACAACAAAGCCCUGAGCUGUUCUUCUAAAGACUAAGAUCAAACCCCAGAUCACAAAAUCCGCAGAAGAUCAGAUCUCACUGUCUCACCAGAUGAGGAGAAUCUUCUAAAGGAAUUGAUAUACUUAUAUUAUAAUUUAAGAAGACCACAACAGCUUUUACAUGGACGAUUGUCGGGACAAGAGAAGAAGACGGUGUACGAAGCUGACGUGUAGUAAAGAUAACAACAACGACAUGGAGAAGAUGAUGCACAGAGAAACUGAGAGACAAAGGAGACAAGAAAUGGCUACCCUUUAUGCCUCUCUUCGUUCUCUUCUCCCUCUUCACUUCAUCAAGGGUAAGCGUUCGACGUCAGAUCAAGUCAACGAAGCGGUGAACUACAUAAAGUAUCUACAGAGGAAGACCAAUGAGCUGAGUUUGAGGAGAGAUGAGCUUAUGUUACUGUCAAGAGGAAGCUUCUUGGGUUCUAGUAAUGAUAAUUGUAAAGAGGAGAUGGAGAUGAUUAGUAGAAAGAAUCAUGUGGUGGUUCGUCAAUGUUUGGUGGGUGUGGAAAUCGUGUUUAGUAGUGGCUGCCGCAGUGGCCAACCGCGGUUUUCGAGUGUUCUUCAAGUGCUGAGUGAAAAUGGUCUCUACCUUCUAAAUUCCAUCUCUUCUAUUGUUGAUGAUAGGUUGAUCUACACCAUACAAGCCGAGGUCAACGAUAUAACUUUGAUUGACUUAGCAGCACUUGAAAACAGAUUAAUCAGAAUGAAGUAAAUGGCUGUGAGUAGGUUUCCCUUAACUUGUCAAAACAAACGACAUAUGUUAAGUACGUACUUUAUUCGUACUUGUGUUGUUGUGAAUUGUUGUGUUGUCUUCACACAUCUUAUGUAUGUAUUUCUAUUCCAUCUGAAUGUGGUUGGUUUAGUUGUUUAUUGAUUGAAAAAAAAAUCAUAAGCUGAGUUAGUACUUAAUUACUUAUUGUUUACAUGUUAUAAGUCUAUAAAUACAAUUCAGUUUUAUCUGUUGAA